AUGUCUUCUCUUGAAUCCAACUCUCCUCUAGCAGAACCUAGUAGCUCAAAAUCUGAUGAGCCUUGGAACAACUGGCCUAAUGACAAAGGGUUUGAUCCCGAAUAUGAACAACGUGAGCCAGUCGAGCUUUCCGUGACUGGACACAUUCCAGCCUAUGCAGCUGGAGUUCUAUAUCGUACUGGACCGGGAAAAAGUCAGGUCGAAACAGAAGAUGGCCAGCUCUUCCAGCUGACGCACUGGUUCGAUGGCUUCACUCAAACGCAUCGUUUCCAAAUAAUUUCAACAGACACUCAAACACGAGUGGUGUACAACUCACGCUUCUCAACUGAUGCUGCAAUUGAUUUUGUCCGAAAAACAGGCAGAUUUGGCAGAUUUGGCUUCGGUCAGGAAGCAGACCCGUGCAAGUCUGUGUACAGCCAAUUUCAAAGCGAAUUCUCGUCAGCGACACCGCCUCACAGCGAUGUGAAUUAUCCCAAUAUUGGUGUUACUCUUUCGAUCAACAUGCCCGGACUGGAUCCCCAUCCUGAAGGCCAGGACCGCUGGAAUGGAAUUCAGAACUUGUAUGCAAAAACCGACUACAAUGCUUUCAAGAAGCUUGACCCGGAGACUCUUGAGCCUAUCGGCCUGGCUCAGCAGGGGGACCUCCAUCCAGACCUGACUGGUCCUAUUUCAGCCUCACAUGCCCGCUCGGAUCCUAUCACAGGUGACGUCUUCAAUUUCAACCUCUCAGUGGGCAAAACUUCUACCUAUCGCGUAUUCCACGUUUCUGCUUCGACCGGAAAGACCACCAUCCUGGCCACUUUCUCUGGUGUCCCUGCAUACAUUCACUCCCUAUUCAUCACGGAAGACUACGUGCUUCUUUGCGUUUGGAACUCACACGUUGAUAUCACCAAGUCAGGCAAGAUGUCCGUGACCUAUUCAAUCUUGCCUCCAGAUGCCUCCGAGCCCGCAACCUGGUAUGUAGUAGACCGCAAGAACGGCCAAGGUCUCGUAGCAACCUACGAAAGCGAGGCUUUCUUCUGUUUUCACACCAUAAAUUCGUGGCAGGAACCUUCCAAAGAAGACCCGAAAAAUUUCGACAUAGUCGCCGAUCUAGUCCGAUACGACAAUUCGGACUUCAUCCACGCUCUGCUCUACGAACGCCUAAAGUCCUCUCUGCCCAGCGCGAAGGAAUUCGCCGCAAAUAGAGACGCAGAAUCGCGCUCGACUAUCACCCGUUUCCGCCUUCCAGACAUGUCGACAACACCUACCUCCGAGAUCAAAAAGGCUACUAUCGAGUGGUCUGCGGCAAAGUCUCUGUCCCCUGAGCUGCCGGUCAUGAGCACUAAGUUUGUUACCCGUCAAUAUCGGUACUUGUACUCUACCACCUGGCGUGGAGAGUCUACUCUCACAGAUGGGAUUAUGAAGUUCGACUGUGAUAAGUUGGAGUCUAGUCUGUGGGCUUGUCAUGGCCACUCGCCCGGAGAGCCUAUCUUUGUUGCGAACCCUGAUGGCGUCAGUGAGGAUGACGGUGUGCUUUUGAGUGUUGUGCUGGAUGGUGUGGAAGGUACUAGCUACCUUCUCUGUCUUGAUGCUCAGACUAUGGCUGAAGUUGGACGGGCUAAUGUUAAUGGAGCUGUUGGGUUCGGUUUCCAUGGACAGCAUGUUCCUAUUGUUGGCCUGCCUACUGGUGAUUAUUAG